UGGCGUGCUGAAGAAGAUGAAGUACUGAUAAAUCAUGUGAAGAAAAAUGGCCCAAGAGAUUGGAGCUCCAUUCGAUCCAAAGGAUUACUGCCUAGAACAGGCAAAUCAUGCCGUCUUAGAUGGGUCAAUAAACUUAGACCCGACUUGAAGACGUAACUACUCAUUUCAACUCUCUUCUUUUUCUUUUCUUUCUUUUUUCUGGAUUUUUGGGAACUAAUAAUAUUAAAAAUGUGCAGAGGGUGUAAGUUUUCAGCAGAGGAAGAGAGGUUAAUCAUAGAAUUGCAAGCACAGGUGGGGAAUAAGUGGGCCAAAAUCGCUACAUAUUUGCCUGGAAGAACAGACAAUGAUGUAAAGAAUUUCUGGAGUAGUAGGAAGAAGAAGCUGCAGAGGCUUAAUCAUCAUCGCAGACCAUCAUCAGUUCCAUUGAAGAAGUCUCACAAAACCAAAUUGAAACUUCAUCAACUUCCAAAGGAUUCUAGUCCGGAAAGUAGCCCAUCAUAUCAAUCAAACUGCUCACACGUGGAGCCUGAAGAGUUGAGAAUGGUGGUGGCACCAUUGCCUGAAAUGAUGAAGCCAAACGUUAUAAAAUUGGACUCGGAACUUUCUAUGGUUGAUGAUGGUGGCAUUAUUGGCUCUUGUUUCAUUAAUGAUCCAAGUGUAUUAAUUAGAGAAAGUAAAAGCAGCAAUUUUUUUGAUGAUUUGACUCAAGACAUGCUUGACUAUUUUGAUUCUGUUUCGGACCCAUAGAAGUUGUGAAUUGUGUUGGUCAUGAAGACUUACUAUUGUUGUGUAUUUUCAGAUAUGGCAACAUUAACUCAUUCAUCAAUUUGUAUUUGAAUUUAUUAAAAAAGAAAAGCUUUGUUCUGCUCAACGCUGAUGGCUACUUUUACUGCAACAGGUAGGUUUUUUUUCUUAGAAUUUCAUUUUUAUUUAGAAGUGAAAUUGUGUUAGUGAUUAGAAGACUGGAAUUUUUUUUCAUGAUAGCAAGGACUUUUUCUCUACCAGUAAACAGUAGCACUACUCUUUCAAAAUGCAAGACAAACUAAUGUUAUGUACUAAAAGUUGCUGAUUUUCACUAACAUUCCCUGG